AUGUUUGUCCCAGCUCAUGUGAUCCGUUCUUCAGGAUGUGGAGGGCGAAGGGAUAGGUAUGGAUUCGGAGUUGUAGAGGGGUCAAAUUUGACGACAAAAGCAACGAAAUCCACGAAAAGGCUGCAGUCUCAGCUGGCAAGGCUCCAUCUUGACCCACAAUGGCUGCUUGUCUGGCAUGAAGCUGUUCAACAAUUUGGUCUCUCCCACAUCGUGCAGCCUUGUGCAUCCAUGUUCCUCCAUGCCACCCCAUCGCCUACCAACUACGGCAUAUACCCCUAUCACCCUUGCCAUUGGCAUUCUCUUCGCAUCCUCUUCGCCCCUAACCCCACCCUCAAACGUUCAAUGCCCAUCCCCGCCAAAUCUCUCCAACAAACUACAAAGCUCUCAGUCGACCACAGCACGGUUAAUGGAAGACACAUGUAUCUCAAUGGAGUUCACUCCACUGCCAACGCCAACCUGCCCAGCCAGUUCGACGCCCAAGCCAUGGAUGCUUGCAGCGUCAACGUCGUUUACAAUGGCAUGACGACCUACAAGAUAACGAAUCCCUAA